AUGCCUGUGCUCUCGCCGCCAGCGCCGAGCGUCGACCUCGUCCCGGUCGUCCCUCGCCCUCGCCGCUUCUCCCUCCUCACCCUCCCCUCCUCGUCCACCGCUCCUCGACGUUCCUCGAAGCGCACCCAGUCGCUGUCCCUCCCGUCGACUACCAGCAGCGUCGCCCUCCCGCACAUCCCGUUCGCCGAGCCGCCCUUCAUGCCCAUGUACCAGGCGCCGCCCUCACCUCGCACGCCGAGCCGGCUCGUCAAGGCCCCGUCGUCGCCCUCCUCGUCGCGCCAGCUGGCCUCGUGCGGCGUCGAGGAGGACCUGUGGAACGAGCCGCCGACGACGCCGCAGCGCAUGCACGUCCCCUCAGCCUCGACCUCGUCCACCAAGCUCCCGACCCGCACGCCGCCGAGCCGCGACCUCAACUCGUCCCGCCUCAAGCGUCGCCUGCAACGGUGGACUCGCUCGCGCGACCUCGACUUUGGCUGCGCCGGCGACUGGUCCGAGGGCCCUGCCGACCUGGGCGACGCCUUCUACAGCACCCAGCCCGGCGGCAGCAGCCGCACGUCGAUGGCGUCGUCGUCGGACGAGUCCGGCAAGCGGUCGCACUCGCGCGGGCAAUCGACCUCGUCCGACUGGUCCAUCUCGACCGCCGCCUCGUCCAUCCCGGCGUCGCCCGUCCUCGGCUGCCCCGUCGACCUCCUCCCUUCCGCACCCAUCUCGCCGAGCCCGUCGCGCGUGCCCCUCACGCCUCGCACCGCCCACCGUCACCGCCAGUCGGACGAGGCCGCCGCCGUCGACGCCGCCAACCAGUACUUUUCGCGAGGCCGGCUCAGCCAGAUCGCCGAGGACGACUACUCGCGCAAGAGCCGGUGCAGCUCGACCCGUCGCUCGCGCACGCCGUCGACGCCGCCUCCCGUCCCGAGGGACUCGUCGCCGGCCGGGCUCGCCAUCUACGCCGCCGGUCGCAAGCUCCAGACGUCGCUCCAACAGCAGCACUCGCGCUCGACGUCGUACGACCUCGAGGUCGAGUUCAUCGAGACGGGCCACACGACCUACACGCCCCUCUCGAUCCACGGCGACGACUUCCCGCUCAACGCCAUCAUCCUCCCCAACGACGCGUUCCUCCUCCCGAGCACCUCGCCGGCCCUCGUCGCCACCCCGUCAGCCGCGUCGACGUUCACCGCCGAGUCGGCGGACUCGUGCGAAUCGGCGACGACGACCUCGACGGCGUGCUUCCCGCGCCGGUCACCGAUCGCCGCCGACGACAUCGGGCCCGCGCUCGACGAGCUGUCCGAGUACUUCAUCUCGAGCGUGCCCGAGCUGUCGUGCGGGUCGUCGGCGACGAGCUCGUCGAGCACGAGCACGUACGGCGACGCCCUCGCGGUCAAGCCCCUCCCGCACAUCUCGCUCGCGCCGCCGUCGCCCAUCUCGCCGCAGCGCAAGCGCGCUCCUCGUUCGACCACGACGACGUCGCCGGCGACGUCGCCUCCUGCCACGCCCCUCAUCGGCAAGCGCCCGCACGUCGGACGGCACCGGCGCCAGUCGUCGAGCUUUGCGGCGGCCGAGCACGCCAAGCUCGCCGCGGCCGGGCUCGUCAGCCCUCUGCAGCAGCCGCAGGUCCUGUACGACUGGAUCUAGCUGUCCUCGUCACCUGUAUCCCCUACUCGUCCCCAUCUUGCAGCAUCACCCCUCAUCCCGCAUGUCUCCUCGCCGCAUUUUGGUUCCCCUCGACCCUUGUAUCCUCUCUUCCCCCGAGCUGUCACACAGUCUAGCAGUAGUACCACCCGCCCUGAGCUGUAUCGCGCCCGUCGCACCCUCUCUCGUUCUCGCG